CUGCGGCAGCGGCCACUUGUUCGAGUGGCUUACGGAUUUACGAGUACUUGUGGCCAAUUAAAUGAAUGAAUGAGUGAGUGAUUCGCUUAUUCAAAGCUCACUAAAGAGUCAAAGGCAGCUCUAUUUUUAGCACACACUUGGACUCAACGAUCACUCUUUCGAUGUAAGCACAGUCAGACUUGUCUAAGAUAUACCAUUAGAAAAUUAAGAACUAAUUAAUUAAUCAUAAAGUAUUCAUUCAUACCCAUAAACAAUACUUUGUUGACUUUACUACUCAAAUUUUUGUAUUUUCAAAAUUAACAUGAUUUUUACUAUCCAUUCACAUAGUACCCUUUGCACUUUUAUUACUAAUGAGAAUUUAUGACCCCUUUAAUGGCUAUUUAAAUAAAUUUAUGGCGGGCACUGCCCACUAAAAAUUUAGAUAAUAUAUUCUUGGUUAAUAUGUAAGUUUUGAUUAAAAUUAAACUUUUAAGAGGGGCGUUUAAAAUUAGACUUUUUUAGUUUAAAUGUAAAUCACGUUUAAUAUUAGGUGCAUUGUGUCACGUUUUCAAAAAUAUAAAAUAUGUCAAUCAAUAAAGUGUAGGAUGUGAAUAAAUCACUUCAAAGCGAUCAAAGUAUAAACAACUUUUACAAUAAUUUAAUACGUAUGUAUAAACAUCCGCACUUAUUUAAAAACAAACUUCUACAGAAACAUGUAAUAAUAGUAAGAAAGAAAACAACUCAAUGAAUUUCUCACCAACGACCUCUUAAUUCCCUCUCAAAGAAUUACUUUUUUUUAAGUUAGUACUUCAGUUUGGUAAAGUGUUAAAGUGGAUCAGCUUUCGUUUAAUCUGAUCUUUAUCUAUGGAGCUUAUCAGAGUACCAGUAAUCAUAAAGGAACUUUUAACAGAUGGGGAUUAGAAGAAAAGGUACUUCUUACUUCAGAAAGCAAUGACAUAGAAAAUGAGUUAUUUAAUAUUACAUUUGCAGGGUAUCGCCAUCACAAAGAGGAAACAAUAGAGUGUACUUUGUUUUAUUGUUUACAGCUUUCGUUUGCUUGUCUGUGCAGUCAUACUUACUAAUCUAUGCACUUAAAAAAAGGGAGUUGGAAAAGAUACAUAACUUAUUAAAUGACUAGGAAAUUUAGGACACUUUCAAGACCAUAUAUUAUAUUCGUAAUGGGACGCAACAAAAAACUUUCAAAAGUCUGUGUUUUAGAUUAAUAUACAAUAUUUCUCUGAGUGUAUUCAAAGAGCUCUGGAUUAUGGUUUCCACCGACAUGACAAUUGUUUUAAUACAAACACUCACACUGGAGCACCAGUGGAAAGAACGAACCGAGAUAAUCUGCGCGGAGCGAGAGCCCAGUAUCAUUUUUCCCUCAGUCUGUCACCAAUCUUUGGACCAAAAUAAAGACGCUCUGGUGGCCUCCGAUUCUGAGGAAUCUGACCCAACCCAAACAGGAGUAUAGUAAAGCUACCAAUCCUAACCAGUUAUGCGAACCCAGUGCCGUUAUGUCCGGGACAUCGAACUCUGAACGCUCCAACUCCGAAGACAGUCCAUCCAAUCCCUGCCUGACGGAGGUACUGCGAAACUGUGCUAACAUCCAAUCUCUGGAAAGUCUAAACUACGAGUACAACGACGUUUACUUCAACGGUUCCAGUGAGGGAAAGAUGAUCUCACCGAAUCCCUACUCCUUCAGUGGCAACAUCUCCAUCGGCAGCUGUCCCAGCGAGGAUGUAUCCUUUACGGAGAGCAUUCUGGAGGACAAUGGACGCAUUUCGCUGGCGUACGAGAACCUGAAGACCAUUCCCCGGCGACUGGCCGACAAGUUCGCGGCACAGACCAAGUUCCUCGAUUUAAGUCACAAUGAUUUCCAAAAUCUUAAGUUUCUCUCCUUCUUCGAGGACCUGGACACCUUGAUACUGGACCGCAACGUCAAUCUGGACCUCAACACGUUCCCUUAUUUGCCCAGCUUGAGGAUCUUGUGGAUAAACAACUGCGAUAUAGCCAACAUAACCGACUGGAUACAUCGCAUCGAAAGGCAAUGCCCGGCUCUGGAGCAGCUCUCCUGUAUGGGUAAUCCUGGCAUAAGGACAGUGUUCGGGAACCAGGGUCCCCGUGAUUACAUCCUGGAAGUGCUGCCCCAGUUAAAGUAUCUGGAUGGCUUGCCCAUUUGUCAGAAUAGUGGGAACGGUGGUCUAACCGCACUCUCCUCGUCGCAAGGUCACGGUCAGGACUCCACCAGCUACUCGGAGAAACCAAUCUCAGUACCCUCACUUGUGUUCAAGGACUUUUUCCGGUCGAAGCCGUCAAGAAGAGCGCAUGGAGGUCGGACCUACGGCAAUGGCUCUUCGACGAAUUAAAAAAGAUUGGAUGGGAGGGGUAUUCUUUAGAUUGCAUUCAUGUCCCAUUGUUGGUCUAUUUUUAACCGUCCGCUGGAUUAUCAGCGCUGCCCUCGGAUGCCCUGCAGUCGUCGAUUGCACCUACAGUACGAUGCAUGUAAAUAUGUGCCCGAUAAUCGUCAUGGACUGAAUGCGAGCACAUAUGCAAAUGUAUGCCGAUGGACAUGCACGAGCCUAGUGAGAAUUAAUCUAGUGCUUUCAAGCAAUUUUUACAAUAAAGCGAGUCAAUGGACUCCAGUAAUCAGUAGGUAUACAAUAAUUAAAUUAAUGAGCUCAGUGACGUUAAUUGUCCGCUAAAUGGCACAGACAUAAGCUGGUAUUUUAAAUAAAUUAACAAAUAAAGUAUGUAUUAAAAUCGCAA